AAUCCCGUCAGCUACAGUGCUUCUUUCCCCUCCUGCGCAUGGCCUAUGUCAACAACGUCUUCCUGGUUUUUUAGCGAAGGAGAACUUCUUACACUGGAUCAACUAUCCUGACACUUGAGGCUCGCAAGCUGGGUACUGCGAAUCCCUAUGCCCUCCAUGGCGGGCUCCAAGCCUGUGGCCGAAAUACCACGAUUCUUGCGCCUGACCUGGACCUCCGCCGCCCUCGUCCAGGCAGCGCCCCAGUCCGUCUCUAAGCGACCUUGCGUAACUCAAACACUGAAGGCGCCUGCGUUCAAGUCUGUGUCGAGGCCCAGGGCAAUACAUACGAGUGCUGCUACGACCUUGACCGUGAGGAACCCUUCGUCGCACUCGCGCAAGAGACCCCGGACCUAUGUUCAAUCACUUCCUCCAGACUCUGCCCCCAUCCGCCACAAUGGGGUCUACGCUUCUGCAUUCAAACCAGCCCGUCGAGCGUUCUCGACGACACCUGUGCACCACAAAGCUCACCACUUUGACACGCUGAGAUUCGUGCAAAGACUGAAAGAUGAAGGCUUCACAGAAGAGCAGGCUGUGGCUAUGAUGCGGGUCCUCAACGACGUGAUAGAGGAGUCGAUCCAGAACCUCACUCGAACUAUGGUCUUGAAGGAGGAUGCAGAGAGAAGCACUUAUACGCAGAAGGUCGAUUUUGCCAAGUUGAGGAGUGAACUGUCCAACGCAGACAGCACCGAAGCACAAUUAACACGGUCAAGCCACGACCGUCUGACCAGUGAUCUGGCCAAAUUAAACUCGAGAUUGCGGGACGAGAUUAGUCGGACGCAAGCCAGUGUUCGCCUAGACCUAAAUCUCGAAAAGGGCAGGAUACGAGAAGAAGCGAACGGACAAGAGAUGCGGAUCAAGGAGACGGAAGCCCGCAUCGAGCAAGAGGUGGCCAGUCUCCGCGAACGAGUCGAAGCGGUCAAAUUCUCGACCCUCCAGUGGCUCAUGGGCGUCUGCACGGGAACAGCAGCACUCAUUUUGGGUGCCUGGCGCCUGCUCAUGUAAAUUACCCGACGCUGUUGUGCUAUACGGCCUAAGUGAUACGCCUACCGUGCCCCGGUUACGCGGAAUGUCGACACUACCUUACCGGAAUGAUAGUGCAGAGUCAGAGAAUCGCUCCUCUAUGCUUCGAUUUCAAACUGCCUUGGAUCUCGUCUGCUCUACGACUCGGCCUCAUUCGAGCUGCAUCAUCGGCUCUACAAGGCGCAGGUUCCGUCCAAAAGCAGUGAGUUGAUAGCGCUUCUAGCCUGUCUACAUAAUACUAUGAUAUACGUCGUCAUGAGAUGGCAAGGCUGGGAUCCAGCACGAUUAGAAACGAGGUUUUGGUUGGGAUCCGACUCGCCGAGCACAUGUCUAGGUUGUGUAUAUUAGCUUUGUAUCUGGUCAAUGUGUGGCUGCACAACUGACUAAUCGGUGCUGAACUGCGAAGCGUCGACUGUUCUAUUCCUCGCACGUCCGCCUGACACUAGG